CCUGCUGCUCGUUUCCCCUCUUUUCUCUUUCUGGUUUUCUCCUUGGUGCCUCCGAGUCUUUGUGUGGUUCCCCGCCCUCCCUUCCGCCCUCUGGGGCGGAAACUUCGCUUGGUCUUGGGGCCGGCAGCCUCUCUGUGGAUGGCCCUUUCAGCCGCUCCAGCAGUGCCUUCGCCGCCGCUGCCUCCGCCCGCGUCUUCGACCUCAGGACCCUGUCCGAAGACACUGCGUUCGCUUCCAAGCCUGAAAGCACCGGCAUUGUUACAUUGUGAACUCCCAUCCCAGGUGCUUCGUUUGAAUACAUUCGGGACAACGCGUCUGCUAGUACGUUCUCGGGCCCAGGGACGUACAUCACUUCAAAAUCGAAACUCGAGAUCUUUUCGACCCACCGAGCCUGGCGACCCGAGAGAUUCGGUUGACUCAGCAGCCCUGGAUUUUGCUGGGCCAAAUUCAGCUUGGCCGAGUAGAACGCUGCGACCUUCCCGCUUUUCCAGUCCGGGCCUUGACACACCACUCCCGAAACGCCUGUUGCGCAGCCAUCUGUCACCAGGAAGAUCGGUUCUGCAUCUGGCCCAUAGUCGAGCGGUACCCUGUGGUGAUUUCUAAGCUCCAGCGGAAUGGCACCGUAUCGCCCGUCAGGCCAUGCAAGACGCCCAUGGGUACCCGCACCCGGGCCAGGUCAUCUGCCAGGUAACCAACCGAUCCCAGAAAACCUCGCAACAGGUCGCGAUUCGUCGGUGUCUUCCAAUUCAGCACGGUGUCGACCUUUUCUGAGUCCAUCCGGAUCCCCCAGUACAACUUCUCGCGUUUCAAUACAUCUAUUACCAACUUGACGUGCCUUUUGUGGUCUUCUAGCGUCGUGGAGUAAAUGAUUAUGUCGUCCAGAUAGACAUCCAUAAAACGCCCAAUGUAAUCAGAAAACAAGAAGUUCAUCAGCGACUGUCAUGGUUGUCCGGUCGACAUGCUCUGGUAUCACACGGAUCUGUUCGUAAGCGUCUUGCCCAUCUAUCAGCGACCGGAAUUUACACCUGGCAACACGACGUAAUAUGCCGUCCAUGUCAGGUA